AUGAGCAAUAAAAAAACUGCCACCACCAAGACUAAUGACACCACCACUAAUGACACCAUCACUAAUGAUAAUAACGCCAUCACGAACCUAGCCAAAGGACAUCUAAUUCCAAUCAUCAAUGUAGAAGUAGGAGAAACCGAUAUGGCAAGUAAAAUUCUGCUAAAGUUAAAGGCAAUUAAAAAAGAUGAUGACUAUAACGUUAAUGAAGGCAGACCUUUGGAUAAUUUUUCUGAAGAAUAUUCAGAAUGGUGUGAGGAAAAUGAUUCCAAUAAGUAUGAGAAUCCUGAACAAUAA